AUGUCCAAAGCAGCUCCAGCCAAAAACCCCGCGCCUACGGCACCGCCUCCGGAGUGUACCCUGGAUACCAACGACCCCCAAGUCCAGAAGGCGGCCAUUCGCAUCCAGGCCUCUUACCGGGGCCAGAGGUCCCGGAAGGAGCUUAGGGAGAAGGGGCCGCCGCGAGUGCUGGAGCCGCUGAAGGACGUGGUGCUGAUCGAGGGCAGCGCGGCCAAGCUGACUUGCCGCAUUUCGGCUGUUCGGGACCCAUUCAUUCGCUGGUGCAAGGACGGCAAGGAGCUGCGCGACGGGCCCAAGUAUCGCUACGUCUUUGAGGACCCUGACGUAGUCGCACUGGUGGUGCGCGACGGAGAGCUGGCGGACUUGGGUCAGUACAGCAUCAACGUAACCAACCCCUUCGGCCAGUGCUCCGACUCGGCGCGCAUCCUCGUGGAAGUCCCGACGAAAAUUCAGAAGGGACCGGAUAACACUAAGGCGCUCAAAGGAGCCACGGUGAUGCUGACUGCAGAGAUCCUGGGCGAGCCUGCACCCGAUGUGGGCUGGACCAAGGACGGGGAGGACGUCGAGGAGGAUGACAGGGUGUUCUUCGAGAUCGGCACUACCACCACUACACUGACCAUCCGCCGGGCCACACCCCAGGACAGUGGCAAGUACGAGGUGUACGUGGAGAACUGCCUGGGCAGGGAUCAGAGCUUUGCUCACGUGGACGUGGCCUGA